AUGCACGCCAAAAUCUCUAGCAACACCAUCCCCAUUCAAUUUCUCAAUACUACGCCACGGGCGCACGAUAUGAUUGGUUCUAGUGAUCCCAACUCCAUAUUGUCCAAAGUCCGCGUCAGGGCGAGAAGGCAGACUGAACCCCAGUGGCACAUGACAAGUGCGGAGGAAGCUGGAUUCGAACAUCCGGGGAAAGUGCCGAUUCUUCGGGUAGGGCUUAGAUGGGGACACAGGAUCCGCCUGAUCGCUGAUGGGAUCUGGGUUUGUAAAGAUGGGUAA